UGCAGUAGUGUGUCUAUGAAAGAUGUAGCUUCUACAGACUGUAGCAUUAGAAGGGAAAUUUGGGUGACAAGAGAAACUGGAUUUUCACAGCAGAUACUUGUUGACAGACAGACAGACAGACAGACUUCUAGACAAGUGCCCAACAUUUUCUGUGGGCAGAUCUAUUUUGGGUUGGAUUGAUUUUAAACAUCCUUUCAUGUGCCAGUGGUUGUUUGGAGUACUGUAUCUCAACCACACCUGGUAAUAUGCGGUUUUCUUAAUUGGCUCACCAGUUUUAAUCAACAUUUGCAGGGACUAUUGUCAAUACUCAGGUUACCUCGGCCCUGUCCUGCUGUACAUUAGCAUUGACAUUUGAUACAAAGCACGGCAUAUGAUACUUUACUUGUAGGCAACUUCUUAGGACCUGUGUCAAUAUUUCUAAGGAGUGACCUUCAGAUUUGACCUUCCAACUCAACUUGACCUUUGCCCUGAAUAAGAUCAAAACAGACAGUCUUUUGCAUUGGCUACCCAUGCUGCUUGCAUCGUGCUGAACCUUCUGGUAGCCAUGGCAACAUAGGAGGUGCUUAAAGUGUAUUGACUCAAGUUCAUAUGGAGUAUCCACACUGAGGAAACUGUUAAUUAACUUAGCUUGUUGGACCUUAAAAAGGAAUUUGGCUACAAACGGACAGGAUUAAAUUUUUACAGCAAACAGGUUCUCUUUUCUUUUUUGUGGGAAGUGUCUGUGAUUUUUGCCAUGAACUGAAUGGCAGAAUACUUACAUGCAUUGGAAAGUUCCACAAAGUGUUUCAAUUGGAUGCACAGUAACUUUGUUGUUUCUUGGAAAUGUCAGAAAAUCCGGGAUGUCUGUUUUGUUGUUUCCCGUGUUCUCGUCCCAGAACAGAGAGUUACCAUCUCUCAGACAUAGACGUGGUUGUGGAUUCACCUGAUUUGACUCGGGACUUACCGGAGAAAGCUGUGGAUGAGAAAAACAAAAGUGAAACUUCGAACGAAGCUGAAGGAAUACAUCGUUCUUUAAAAUGUCGGCGUCAUUUAGACUCAGCCGAAGACACAGUCGUCCAAUCAGAGCUCUGCAAACAAAGUGAUGGUGUGGAUCUGGCUUCUGUUCCAGCGCCUGCCUCAGCAUCGUGUGGCGCUGAGGAGGACAUUCAGAUUAAAGUCGCGCAACAAACUCAUGCAUCGCCAUCAGUCGACAUGAGUUUACCGCAAUCUGUAAACUCUGAACAAAAAUCCACAAACGUUCCUGAUACGCCAACUUUUUAUUUGCAGGUCUUUGAGGACGAACCCGAAGCUGUCAAAUCUGAACCAGUCAUGUCUGCACAGGAGUUAGCCGCUGUUGUGGCUCGGUUAGAAUCGGUCGCCGUGCGUCUGGAGUCGGUCGCUGCUGCCAAAGGUCAAUCAAGCGCACCAGCCGUUGGAAGAGGGUCAUCAAGUGCACCAGAUGCCCCAUUCGUCAAGGCUUACGAUGAGUUCAUGGCGGGGUCUCUCAGCCAGUUUCUGGCAACGAGCUCGGAGCUGGGAGGAGAGGUGGCUGAAAUGGGCCAGCUGACAAAGGCUUGUUUUGAUGCUCAGCGUGAUUUUCUGGUUAUGGCUAGCAAGAGCAAGGAACCCAGCAUGGCUGAACUGCCGCCCUUGCUUGCCCCUCUUUCACAGAAGAUUGAGGCUGUAACAAACUAUACAGAGAAGCAUCGUUCAAGUAAGGCCUUUAACAACCUAAGUGCUGUGUCUUCCGGGAUAGGUGCAUUAGGCUGGGUGUCUGUGAAACCCACCCCUGGCCCAUUUGUGAAGGACAUGAUGGACUCCAGUCUGUUCUACAGUAACAAAGUUCUGAAGGAGUUCAGAGGAGUGAAUGAAACCCAGGUACAGUGGUGUAAAUCCCUGACAGGUAUCUUUAACGAGCUGAUGGCGUAUAUCAAACAGCACCACACCACAGGUGUCGCCUGGAACCCUCAGGGAGGUGUGGCCAGUGUCCCUUCCUCCGCCUCCUCUACCCCCUCAGCAGGAGGACCUCCUCCUCCCCCACCUCCGCCCCCACCCCCAGUCACUGAGGACGACGGUUCUGCACCUUCAUCAGGCGGGGAUGACGGAAGGGCAGCCCUGUUUGCGUCCCUUAACAAAGGAGCUGAUGUCACAAAAGGGUUGAAGAAAGUCACAGAUGACAUGAAGACUCACAAAAACCCGAGCAUAAGACAGGGACCCGCCCCGUUCAAACCCAACAAAUCACCGUCACCGAUCACUGCUCCCAAGCCGAAGGCCACACCAGCUGUGGCAGCUAAGCCACCCAGGCUGGAACUGGAGGGAGGGAAAAAAUGGCUGGUGGAGUACCAGAACGGCAACAACAACAUCCAGAUCACAGACACCAACAUGAAACAGAUCGUCUACAUCUUCAAGUGUAACCAGAGUUCUGUUGUCAUCAAGGGCAAGGUCAACUCUGUCAUUGUAGAUAGCUGUAAAAAAGUUGGCGUUGUGGUAGAAGACGUGAUCUCAAGCAUUGAGUUUGUCAACUGCCAGAGUGUAAAGGGGCAGAUCAUGGGUAAGGCUCCGACAGUGAGCAUUGACAAGACGGAUGGCUGUAUGGUCUACCUGAGUAAAGACUCAGUGGAGGCAAAUAUUGUCACAGCUAAAUCUUCAGAGAUGAAUAUACUUUUGCCAGGAGCUGAUGGAGAUUUUAAGGAAUACCCUGUCCCAGAGCAGUUCAAGACAGUAUGGAACGGAAAAGAGCUGGUUACUGAGGCAACCGAUAUAGCUGGUUAGAGGAAGAUGGUUGUUGUGAGGAACUGGAAAGAAUGCUAGCCAAAGAACAGAAGUGAACGUGCUUUCAGGUUAACGGAAAUCGUUUAAUUAUCAAGAAUGGUGCUUUGGAUAAUCAGUUGUUCAGAAAGAAAAGCUAAAAACGUAAAAAGAUGUAAAAUUUCUAAGAAAAAAAUCUAUUUAUCACCUUUUUAUUGUUUGCUGCUGACUUAAAGAAAUGAAAAUUUUUUUGUUCUUGUAUUCUUUCUGAAGAGGUCGAUAUUCAUUCUGGUGUAUCUUGUAUUUUUAUCGCGAAUUAUUAUUUUAUUGUCUCAACACAGUUACCUGAUUAAAUCCCAAGCAGUAAAAUUGGGCUUAAUUAAAAAGGAAUAGACAGAAAUGGGAAACAAGUCUCAUGCCUAAAUUAUGAGAUUGUUUGAAACAACCAGAAGCUUUUUUAAACCAUUAUUGCUAAUUUGAUUUUGUUUUUUGCAAUGAGAAUGAAAAGAAACAAAGAAUAACAUCAUGAACAAGAGAUUAUUUUCAGAUGCGAGCAAGGGCUAGCAGGAGAAAAAUUGAAUGGAGUCGAUUUGAAUAAAAUUUCUUUGUACAUACAAAAUAUGUUUUAUUGACUUACCAGUAAUGCUGGCUUGCAGACAACUGUGAAUAAUGUUUUGAAUGGAUAUUCUGUAAAAAAAAAAAAAACACUUUAAAAUCUUUUUUAAAACAUUGUAAACAAAUAUUUUCUAUGGGAGAGCAAAGCUUGUAGAUAAAUUAGUCUAGUGUUAUUCAAAACUGAGUUUUGGAUUAUACUAGAUAUCACAGUAUUUGUGUUGUUUAUUAUUAGUUUAUCAUUAGUUUAUUAUCCUAGUCUCACCAAUUUAGUAUAAAUAUGCUAACUAAUUUGUCGGUUAUGGAUAUUUUUUUGUUUUUAUUAGUAUGGCAAAAAUUUAACAUGUGCCUCUUUAAAUGUUGAAUUGUGUGUAUUUCUUUUUAGUAUCUAAUCAAUUUUGCUUUACCAGAUAUUGCUAGCUAUGUUCUGGAAACAGAAAAAUAAAUGUGCCUUUCCGUUUGAACACUUAUGGUGGAUGUACUGCUACAUUCAGCUGUCUCUGUUUAGUUUGAGUCCAUGACAUUUCGAAAGAGCCCCUGUUCUGUAUUAGGAACCCCCAGAUUUGCCUCAGUGUUGCAAGUCUGCCAUUACGUGCCUGAAAUAUUGUUGAGCCCUCAGUAAGCUUUGAGCAUCGUGGAAGCAUAGACACUGCAAAAAAAUUGCGCUUCACUAAUCAGUCAAAGUCUUAGUUUCAAUCUUCAGGAAAUGCAAUGUCAGAAACACAUAUUCCUGCAGAGAACAACUUUGUGGAAGUAUCAAAUCAUCAACGAAGCGAUUGUUAAAAUUUUUGCGGUGUUUAUGCAUUUGCAGUAUGUGCCUGAAAAUGUUUGAUGGGUUUGCAAGCAUGCUGUAAUCUUCCAACGCUCAUAUAUUUAAAUAUAUGAUCAAAAAUUUACUGUUUUAAAUGUUAAAAACUUCGAUAUUUCCUGCAAGAAUAAAUUUCAUUUCCAUUGUAUCCUAUGCGGUAUCUAUCUAUAUACGUCUAGGUCCAAAAAGUGUUUCAAAUUUUAAGAAUAGAAAAUUGCGAGAAAAAUCUACCUAUCUGUGGUUUUGUUAUUACUGUAUGAAUUUUGUUUGGGAUAGGAUGUCAUAGAGAAAAUUGAGUAAUGCCAAAAAGGUUGUUAGAAUUGAUGUUCAAAAUAUUUGCAACGGAUGCUGAUGAUGAAGAUGUGCUGUAAUAUUUAGUGUUAAUUAUUGCUGCUUAUUAUUGGAAUUAUUUACUAAUGA